UCUAUCUCCAUUCUCCGCACGUUACAUUAUAGAAGUAAUAAAUAGAGAUGGGGCAGUCUCCCUCCCUCCAUAUCCACAGUUGAAGUAGUUAGCAGACAUACUGAAAUUUUCUUGCGAGAAGUGAAACCCCGUUGGAGGUGGUAGGCAAGCGAAAUGGCGGAGGAAGGAGAACAGAGUAAGGUUGCAGAGGAGGUACAGGAGAGUAGUAGCAAGGUGGCUAUCAUGGUGGCGGUUGAUGAGAGUGAGUGCAGCACCUACGCUCUCAACUGGGCCCUCGAUAAUCUUCGCCAUUGCUUCUUGGAUACGCCGCUUACUAUUUUUACCGCACAGCCCGCUGCUGACUACGAUUAUCUAUACGGUGUCGCCAAUCAGGACUUAAUGGACUCGGUCAGGGGAUAUCAAAAAACAGCAGCAGCUGCUAUAUUUGCAAAAGCUAAGGAAAUUUGUGCCAGCCAUGGGGUAACCACAAAGACAGUUACAGCGAUGGGAGAUCCUAAAGAGGCUAUAUGUGAAGCAGUUGAAAAGUUCAACAUCAAUUUGCUGGUUGUAGGUAACCAUGGCCGAGGUGUUAUUUCAAGGGCCUUCUUGGGUAGUGUCAGCAACUACUGUGUUCAUCAUGCCAAGUGCCCCGUUCUUGUUGUGAGGAAAGCAGCAUAAGGGAUGGUUUCUCAGCCUCACCAACAAUAGAUAUUGCAGUAGCAGUUAGUUGUUUGUUGUGGCCAAUAAGGGUGAAGGCUUACCUUCCUAACCUCUUGCCUGAAUGAGAUCCUUUUUCCAAGAUCUGGAUAUGUGAAGGAGCGUUAUGUGCCUCAUCUUUUACAUAAAUGAUACUUCUACCAAAAUAACUGUACAGGUUUGUUUGGUGUUGAUUUUCUGAAGUAAUGUUUUGAGGUCUAGGAUUUUUUAACCAUAUUAUAUUCUCUUGAUACUUUCUUUUGUAUCCUACCUGUGAACAAUAUCUCAAUGAAUAUUUGUUCAUGAAUAAUAUAAUAAUAGCGAGGUUUGCCCAAAAA